UCCCCUUUCUCCAUCCCUUUCUGACUCCCUCUCUUUGGUUUGUCUGCGCGUCGAGCCAAUAAGUCGGCAGCGGGAGGACUUCCCUACUCUAAAAGGGGACUAGGGAGUCUGUGGCUCGGGGACGGGGGUUAUUGGGAGAGUGAAUUGGGUUGAUCGGAGUUUCAUGCAGGACCGGGGUUCUUGGGCACCCCCCUCCUGGUACAGACACUCGAAAUGCCACCCUCCGCAAGGAAAUCGAUCAAGGAGCGCGAGCUGUUCUCCCUGACCUCAUCCUUACCAUGCGCCUCGUGGCUGAAGGUACUGCUGUGCAGCCCCCUACGCUAUCUAUGGAUGGUCCUCAUAGCCCUCACUGUGCUCUGUGUGGCCAUCCAGAUCCUAGGAGUCGUCUGGCAGUCCAGGAACGAUAAGAUUUUGAGCGAGAAGCUCCUGAAUGUGCGGUUUACCAUCGAGAUCCAGGGAACGCUCCCGACGGAGCAGAGUGACUGGGAAAACUCUUCCCCCUCUUCACACGCCCCUGUCGUAGAAGAGGAAGUGAGGUCACAGGAGGAAGGAGCUCCUAAACAACUGGCCAAAGAGAACCAGAAGGUAGCCGAAUAUCAAGAUGGCAGAGAUGAGCCAGGAAUGGAGAGGAGACUCCAGGUGCAUCACCAACAUUUAAAGCUCUCAAACACUUUCAAUAAGGUCAAAGACUCCAGGAAAGAGGCAAGGGGUAAAGUUUUAGCAGUAAAGGCAGCCCUGCCCAAAGUCACACUGGGUGAUGAUGAGUUGCAUUUGGGGGUUCCCGGGUCUGUGGUUCUCCAGCUGGGCCACCCAGCUAUCAGAGUGGUAUCUACCCUGUCUCACAAACCUCUCCAGCUCCCCUUAACCAAUCAGCUGAAGAGUAGAAACAGCCUUGCCCCUCUAGGCACCAACUCUGUAGUUGCCGGGGUGAUAAGCGAGGUGAAACCGGGGAUUGCCACCUCCACCUGUCGGCCGAAGAACCACAUCGUCUUUCUAAAGACGCACAAAACGGCCAGCAGCACCAUCCUGAACAUCUUGUAUCGCUAUGGCGACAGCCGCAAUCUGACCUUCGCCCUUCCGCUGAACAUGCACAGCCAGCUGUUCUAUCCCUUCUUCUUCGCCUCACACUUUGUGGAGGGAGUUAGGAGCCGCAGUGUCAAAAAGUUCCACAUCAUGUGCAACCACAUGAGGUUCAGACCACCAGAGGUGAGGAAGGUGAUGCCCCAGGACACGUUCUACUUCUCCAUCCUGAAGAACCCUGUUGCCAUGAUGGAGUCCAUCUUCAUCUACUACAAGAGCAUUCCCGCCUUCCACAAGGCCCGCAGCCUGGAUGACUUCCUCGACAACGGUUGGCGUAGUUACAACACGUCCCUGCCCAACAACCACUACGCCCGUAACAUCCUGACCUUUGACUUUGGCUUCGACAACAACGUCGCCACAGAGACGCCCGGUGACCUGGAGACGCGGGCCGCCACAGCCAUUGGCGCCAUCGAGGAGGACUUCCACCUUAUCCUCAUCUCAGAGUACUUUGAUGAAUCCAUGAUCCUGCUCAAGCGCGCCCUCUGCUGGUCUUUGGACGACAUCGUCUCCUUCAAGUUGAACAGCCGGAGCGAGCGCGCACGGAACAUGCUCUCCCCGCACACCGCUGACAAGAUCAGAGCCUGGAACGCCCUUGACUGGCGGCUCUACCUGCACUUUAAUGCCACCUUCUGGCGACGCGUGGACACUACGGUGGGACGUGAGGAGAUGAGGCGGGAGGUGACUCGGCUGCAGGAGCAACGUGCCAAACUAGCCAAAACCUGCCUGAAGGAUGGUGGUGCAGUGGACCCGUCGCAGGUACAGGACGCGGGGCUGAAGCCCUUCCAGUAUGGAGCGGCCAUCAUCCAGGGCUACAACCUGAACCCUGGGCUGGACGGGCCCACCAAAACACGCUGUCAGAACCUGAUCACUCCAGAGCUGCAGUACACAGACACCCUUUACACCAAGCAGUUCCCUGAGCUUGCCACUAGGCAGAGACAGGCCGCCAAACUGGUCGCCUCACAACGUCAGCCUGGUCCAGCCAAGGUCAGCCCAAACAAAGCAGCCAUGGCUGGGCCGGUGAGGGUGAGGGAGGCCCGGCACAGUAGGACAGCCAGGAGUGGACCCAGAAACCCUAAUGCCCAGAACCAAAAUGACCCCCGCCCAACUGUCCUGUCUAAAAUCACUGCAGAUAGAAGUGACAGAAACAUACCUUGAGGUGGGGCUCUUUCAACAUAGACUAUGGGACUAAUGGGACAAUCCACAGGAGCUCAUUGGUACUGAGCACAGGGGUCUUUUUAAGCUGAACAGCCAAUGGCUCUGUUUUGUCUGUACAGUGAGGAUGUUUCGCUGCACAUUAUGCUUACUCUGGCUGGCUGCAGUGCACAGGGCCAGUUUGCUGACUUUGGUGGCACUAGGAUAAGCUCUAGUGUUUCUACCCAAUGAUACUGGACCUGUGUGGGUGGAGGGGAUGGAGUUGGGGGAGGAAGAGGAAGAGUAGGAAGGAGAGGGAGAGUGCAACUGGGGUGACUGUCCUGCCUUGACUGGUUGGAUUGGAAGUAGCAUCUCAUAAACCCUCUCAUCUAAUCUCUCCCCUUGAUCUUGUCACACACUGAGGUUUAGAAUUUGUACUAUUUGUACUAUAGUUUGAAUGGCACAUACUUGGUACUAUCGAUUAAACUGAUUGGGGUUGGGUAAGGCCUGUAGUACAGUAGGCCUAUGAACAGUACAGGUCAAAAGUUUGGAGACACCUACUUAUUCCAGGGUUUUUCUUUAUUUUUACUAUUUUCUACAAUGUAGAGUAAUAGUGAAGACAUCAAAA